AUGACACGGGGUAACCAACGUGACAACGACCGGGCUAAGGCCCUGAAGAAGGCGGGCAACACGAAGAGCAAGAACAACCAGUCCGGUAGUGAAUUCGCUAGGAGCAGGGAAGACGCCGCUGCCAUCAUGCGCGAGAAGCAGAGGAAGGCCGAUGAAAAGAAAGCCGCCGAGGCUGCAGCAGGAAAAAGCAAAAAAUAA